AUGAAAUUCAUUUCCUUAGUAACUGUUCUCUUCUUGGCUGCUGUAGCAGUCGCCAAACCUACUCCCAAUGAAAAACGUGUCGCUGCACCUGAAAAGGAAAAGCGUAAUGCCAUGCAACAUAAGCGUGCUCCUAAACAAAAACGUGAUUUAAGUACCGUGACGCGUACGACUACUAUGAAGACGACUACUACUACGAAGACUACUACUACUCUGACUAUGACGACUACUACUACGAAGACGACUACUACUACGACGACUACUACUACGACGACGAGUACUACUACUACGACGACGAGUACUACUACUACUCCGACUACUCCGACUACUAUGACUACGAUGACUACUACAAAACUUACAAGCGAAGCGCCAUGCCACACCCCGAAAUUGGGUCAUAAUCAAGUCGGACUUUAUUUAAUUGUUACACUUUAA